CAGACAGGACAGCAUCCUUGGAAUAGCAGGGCUUCUGGCGAAGGACAGCAUCCGUGGAAUAACAUUGCGGGCAGACAGGACAGCAUCCUUGGAAUAGCAGGGCUUCUGGCGAAGGACAGCAUCCGUGGAAUAACAUUGCGGGCAGACAGGACAGCAUCCUUGGAAUAGCAGGGCUUCUGGCGAAGGACAGCAUCCGUGGAAUAACAUUGCGGGCAGACAGGACAGCAUCCUUGGAAUAGCAGGGCUUCUAGGGAAGGACAGCAUCCGUGGAGUAGCAGCGCUUCUGGAGAAGGACAGCAUCCCUGGGAUAGCAGUGCUGCCGGCUGGACAGCAUCCUUGGAAUAGAGCGCUUCUGGGGAAGGACAGCAUCCUUCUGUUGCUGCCUGCCGGAGAGGACAGCAUCCCUGGAAUAGCAGGACUUCUCUUCUGCCCUUCACACGGCAAGAUCCCAAACUGUGUCAGACUAACCCAACAAAGAACCGAGGAUAUGCAAACAGCGAUCCCAAACUGUGCCAGACUAACCCAACAAAGAACCGAGGAUAUGCAAACAGCGAUCCCGAGCAUGGAAUGGGCUGCCCAGGGAGGUUGGGAGUCUCCGUCCCUGGAGGUGUCCAAGGAACAGCUGGACGUGGCACUCAGUGCUCUGGUCACGGGUUGCACUCGAUGAUCUCGGAGGUCUUUUCUCACCUCAGCGAUUCCAUGGUUCUGGGGUUUCCGUAUUUCAGAGGGUUGUCUGCGCUUGUCCAGCUCUAAGCCUGGUGCUCUGCCCUUGCCGGGAAGCGCUGCCAACACAAUAAACUAGCAAAAGUCAUCGCAUGGUGCUCCUGGGUGUUUAUUUCUGGAAUAAAUGCGAAAACGUGCCUUAGGGGCACAUGUAACAAGUCCCAUUAUGGCUGUGCGUGGGGACAAUUAAGUGGUGAAAGAGCUCAUGCGUCGGCUGGGUGAACGAACAAAUGAAAUAAAGGAGUAAGAAUUCCUCCUGGCACUUUGGAUAAGGAAUUAUGAGGGUGGAGGCGCUGCGGGCGGAGAGCGCGGCUGCCACCCCCGGGCAGCGAGAGGAGCUUUGGCUGAGAUGUACACAGCUGAAGGAAUUGGUGGAGGAGAAUACAAAAGCUCUUCAUGCUUUGAAAAAAGCUGACGAGCCAGCACCUGUGGGGAAUUACAGCCAGAGGAAGGAAGAGGAAGAAAAGCUGUUGCUAAAACUCUCCCAGCAGCUGCAGAAACUCCUUCUUGUCCUGGAUCAGGAUAAUGUGACAAAGAGUUAUGCAGGGGAUGAGGAACACCAGAAAGGUGCUCAUGCAGAAGAGGGAAAUGAAGAAGAGGAGGAGAGUGAAGAUGAAGAAAGUGAGGAGGAAGACACUGAAGAAGAAGAAGAUGAUGAGGAGAAGCUGUUGGAUGAUCCAAGUGUUAGAGAAUGUGUUGCUGUUGGAAACUUUGAUGCCCAGCAGGAAGGGGAUCUCACGUUUGUGAAAGGUGAAAUCCUGCUCAUACACGACAAGAAGGCGGAUGGCUGGUGGGUAGCUGAAAAUUCCAAGGGGGAAAGAGGCCUCGUUCCCAGGACCUACCUGGCGGUUCCUAAAGAAGAGGAAGAAAGCCAGGAGGAGUCAGAAGAACACAUAGAAGUGGUGGAUGAAACAGCAGACGGAACUGAAAUUAAAAAAAGAACAGAUUCCCACUGGAGUGCUGUCCGAGCCAUUGCAGAGAAUGACACUGUGGAGGUGCUGACCACCACAGGGGCAGUUCCUGCAGGAUUCCGCCCAUCCAUGCUUUUCCAGCUCCUGCAGGAAGGUGAAGAGUUUCGAGCAAGUCACUACUUGCAACCUGAGCUUACCCCAUCCCAGCUGGCUUUUAAAGACUUGGUGUGGAACUCUGAGAAAAAUACUAUCCAUGCUAGACCCACCAGAGUGUCCCUGAUUGUCACUUUAUGCAGCUGCAAGAUGAUCCCUGUGCCUGGAACCGGCGUGCGGGUCCUCAGCCGGCACGUCCGGCUCUGCCUCUUCGACGGCAGCCGGGUGCUGAGUAACAUCCACACAGUGAGAGCUACGUGGCUGCCUAAAAAUCCUCAAACUUGGACCUUUUCUCCAAGGGUGAUGGGCAUCUUACCCAGCUUGCUUGAUGGUGACUCUUUUGUCAGGUCCAACUCCCUGUCUUCAGACAUUGGGAUAUUGUUUGAGCUUGGCAUCACGUACAAGUGCAACUCAACAGGUGAAAGAGGAGAGCUGAGCUGUGGCUGGGCCUUUCUGAAGCUUUUCACUUCCAGUGGGAUUCCUGUUCCUUCCAAGAUGUAUGAGCUGGUCCUGAGUGGUGGAACUCCCUAUGAGAGAGGUGUUGAGGUUGACCCAUCAAUAUCAAGGAGAGCAGGCUCUGGGGUUUUCCAGCAGUUGAUGAGCCUCAGGAAACAGCCUGUGCUUCUGGUGAAAGUGAAGUCACCAAGUGUGCACUCGAAAGACAUCCUGAAUUUUCUCCCUGAAACAUUAAUUGGGGGCAUGUGCUACAUCCAUCUCCUGGUGUUUUAUCGGCAAAUCCUGGGAGAUGCCCUCCUGAAGGACAGGAUGAGCAUGCAGAGCACAGACUUGAUCUGCAAUCCUGUUUUAGCAACCUUCCCUCAACUCCUGGAUCAGCCAGACCUGAUGGAUGCACUUCGGAGUGCCUGGGCAGACAAAGAAAGAACACUGAAGAGAAUUGAGAAGGGAGAACCUGUUACAGGUUGGUACCCAGUGUGGCUCCCUGUCAUGAUGUGCUUCCAACAGCCAGCUGGUGAAAGCUUUCCACGGAUACAAAAGAGGCUGUGUAUGCCCACAGAAUCAUCUUCUCUCCUCCAGACUCUGAGCUUCAGUCCUCCCACAAUGUGCCUGGGAAAAGGCCCCCAGAUUCCUCAGAUCUCCCUGCCCCAGACAGUUGUAAUCCCAAGUUUUGGCACGCACACAGCUGGAGAACUGACCUGGCUGUCCCUGGGCUCACCCACACUUGUCCUACCUCCCGUGCCCCAGACAGAGAGCAGCUGCAGGGAGCUGAAUGAGAAAGCCCUUGGCUGUCAGAGCUGGGUUUCCUGGGAGCAGCAGUGGGAUAUUUCAUUCCCUGUGCACGCUCCUGAAUCGAUGCACGAGGAUGGCUCCGGGCUUACGCACAACAAACACCCGCUGAGUCAGAGCAGCUUCUUCAGGGCCGUUCAUCCAAAAGGAAAGCAGGUCUGCUCACGGAAUUGGCAACUCCCCGGGAUCCCAGAACCAGCCAGUUCUACCUGACUGGCAUGUGCCACUCCCAGGGGAGGAUUGCUGCCUGCUGAGUGCUCCCUCCUCGCAUGGUUACUGGGGCUGAGCUGUGAAAUGCUCUCCUGGGGCUGGGAUCUUUCCCAUGUGUUUGAGAAUUACCAGGCUGAUCCUUUGUCUCUGGGUUUUCCAAGCUGAUCUUUACAGGGGGAAAACAGUGCCCAGGGGCAGCAUCACCUCUGGCUCCAAGGAGUGGGAUCAGAGCCACGCUGCUCUGCCCAGGACAGCAGGGAAACGAGAGGAGUUUGGGCUUCCAGGGCAGGGAGGAUGUGGCAGUGCUUUUAGGAAAUACAAAUACCCCCCAGCAAAGGGCUCUCGGUGCCUGUAGUGUGUGGGAAAGCUGGCAGAGUUCAGGGUGCAGGUUUGUUGAUACGCUGGAGGCUUAUCUGAGAUAACAGAUGUGUGUUUAGGAAGGUCAAAUCUCUUCCCGUUGUUUUCCUGGGAGCUGGGAGUGAGUUGUUUGGGUUUUUUCCCCGUGUACAUGACUUGGAAGAGUGCUUGGCAAACACCACGUGGAGUAUUUUCAAACACUCUUCUCUGCAGAGAGACCAAGAAUUCCUGAAGUCUGCGUUUGUCCUGGUGUACCACGACUCCGUGUUCCCUCUGCUGUGCUCCACCCUCCUCCCCAGCUACAGA